AUGGAGAGUCCAGCGCUGAAGGUGAAGCUGGAGAAGCCUCACCUCUUCCCGCCAAUGCCCCGCCCAGCUUCCCUGCUGCUGGACCACUCAGGAGACGAGGGGAGGCACCACCUCCCCCAAGUGAACUUGCUGGACACGUCAACCAUCCACGGGGACUGGGGCUGGCUCACAUAUCCAGCUCACGGGUGGGACUCCAUCAACGAGGUGGAUGAGUCCUUCCAGCCCAUCCACACAUACCAGGUGUGCAACGUCAUGAGUCCCAACCAGAACAACUGGCUGCGCACCAGCUGGGUGCCCCGUGACGGCGCCCGGCGCGUCUACGCUGAGAUCAAGUUUACCCUGCGUGACUGCAACAGUAUGCCCGGCGUGCUGGGCACCUGCAAGGAGACCUUCAACCUCUAUUACCUGGAGUCAGACCGCGACCUGGGCGCCAGCACCCAGGAAAGCCAGUUCCUCAAAAUCGACACCAUUGCGGCCGACGAGAGCUUCACAGGCGCGGACCUGGGUGUGCGACGCCUCAAGCUGAACACGGAGGUGCGCGGGGUGGGCCCCCUCAGCAAGCGAGGCUUCUAUCUGGCCUUCCAGGACAUCGGGGCCUGCCUCGCCAUCCUUUCCCUCCGCAUCUACUACAAGAAGUGCCCCACCAUGGUGCGCAACCUGGCUGCCUUCUCAGAGGCAGUGACGGGAGCCGAUUCUUCCUCGCUGGUGGAGGUGCGGGGACAGUGCGUGCGUCACUCAGAGGAGCGGGACACGCCCAAGAUGUACUGCAGCGCCGAGGGCGAGUGGUUGGUGCCCAUUGGCAAGUGCGUGUGCAGCGCCGGCUACGAGGAGCGGCGGGAUGCCUGUGUGGCCUGUGAGCUAGGCUUCUACAAAUCGGCCCCUGGGGACCAGCUCUGUGCGCGCUGCCCUUCCCACAGUCACUCUGCAGCCCCUGCCGCCCAGACCUGCCGCUGUGACCUCAGCUACUACCGCGCAGCCCUGGACCCACCAUCUGCAGCCUGCACACGGCCACCCUCAGCACCAGUAAACCUGAUCUCCAGUGUGAAUGGGACAUCUGUGACCCUGGAGUGGGCCCCUCCCCUGGACCCCGGGGGCCGCAGCGACAUCACCUACAACGCCGUGUGCCGCCGCUGCCCCUGGACGUUGGGCCACUGCGAGACAUGCGGGAGUGGCACCCGCUUCGUGCCCCAGCAGACGAGCCUGGUGCAGGCCAGCCUGCUGGUGGCCAACCUGCUGGCCCACAUGAACUACUCCUUCUGGAUUGAGGCCGUCAACGGUGUGUCCGACCUGAGCCCCGAGCCCCGCCGGGCUGCAGUCGUCAACAUCACCACGAACCAGGCAGCCCCAUCCCAGGUGGUGGUGAUCCGCCAGGAGCGGGCAGGGCAGACCAGCGUCUCUCUGCUGUGGCAGGAGCCUGAACAGCCCAAUGGCAUCAUCCUGGAGUAUGAGAUCAAGUACUAUGAGAAGGACAAGGAGAUGCAGAGCUACUCCACCCUCAAGGCCGUCACCACCAGGGCCACCGUCUCAGGCCUCAAGCCGGGCACCCGCUAUGUGUUCCAGGUCCGAGCCCGCACCUCGGCAGGCUGCGGCCGUUUCAGCCAGGCCAUGGAGGUGGAGACCGGGAAACCCCAGGAGGUAGAGAUGAGGAGGCACUGUGGCUACAGCAAGGCCUUCCAGGACUCAGACGAGGAGAAGAUGCACUAUCAGAAUGGGCAGGCACCUCCACCUGUCUUCCUGCCCCUGCACCACCCCCCGGGGAAGAUCCCAGAGCCCCAGUUCUAUGCAGAACCCCACACCUACGAGGAGCCAGGCCGGGCAGGACGCAGGUUCACCCGAGAGAUUGAGGCUUCCAGGAUCCACAUCGAGAAAAUCAUCGGCUCUGGAGAGUCAGGUGAAGUCUGCUACGGGAGACUGCGGGUGCCAGGGCAGCAGGACGUGCCUGUGGCCAUCAAGGCCCUCAAAGCCGGCUACACAGAGAAACAGCGACGGGACUUUCUGAGUGAGGCGUCCAUCAUGGGUCAGUUUGACCACCCCAAUAUCAUCCACCUUGAAGGUGUCGUCACCCGUGGCCGCCUGGCAAUGAUCGUGACAGAGUACAUGGAGAAUGGCUCUCUCGACGCCUUCCUGAGGACUCACGACGGGCAGUUCACCAUCACGCAGCUGGUGGGCAUGCUCAGAGGGGUGGGUGCUGGCAUGCACUACCUCGCAGACUUGGGCUACGUCCACCGUGACCUGGCUGCCCGCAACGUCCUGGUCGAUGGCAACCUGGUCUGCAAGGUGUCUGACUUUGGGCUCUCCAGGGUGCUGGAGGAUGACGCCGAUGCCGCCUACACCACCACGGGAGGGAAGAUCCCCAUCCGCUGGACAGCCCCUGAGGCCAUCGCCUUCCGGACAUUCUCCUCGGCCAGUGAUGUGUGGAGUUUUGGUGUGGUCAUGUGGGAGGUGCUGGCCUACGGGGAGAGGCCCUACUGGAACAUGACCAACCGUGACGUCAUCAGCUCCGUGGAGGAGGGGUACCGCCUGCCGGCACCCAUGGGCUGCCCCCGUGCCCUGCACCAGCUCAUGCUCGACUGUUGGCACAAGGACCGGGCCCAGCGGCCUCGCUUUUCCCAGAUCGUCAGCAUCCUUGAUGCGCUGAUCCACAACCCUGAGAGCCUCAGGGCCACGGCCACCGUCGGCAGGUGCUCGGCCCCGGCCUUUGCCCAGAGCUGCUUUGACCUCCGCGGGGGCGGGGGCGGCAGCGGGGGCCUCACCGUGGGGGACUGGCUGGACUCCAUCCGCAUGGGCCGCUACCGGGACCACUUCGCCGCUGGUGGUUACUCCUCUCUGGGCAUGGUGCUUCGAAUGGACGCCCAGGACGUGCGUGCCCUGGGCAUCACCCUCAUGGGCCACCAGAAGAAGAUCCUGGGCAGCAUCCAGACCAUGAGGGCCCAGCUGACCAGCACCCAGGGACCCCACCGGCACCUCUGA